AUUGGAUAGAUCGUAUGGGAGCGGCCCGUAGCUACCUUGAAGGGAAAAGACUGAUGGUGAAACUAUUACACAAGUGAGCGCUACGAUGCCCGUCGUGGUGGAGUCGUAUAGCGGUUAGUAGCACGGCAAUGCCGGGCAUUGUCCGGUGCGGGUCCCGCGGGGCUCGGCCCUCCCUUCCUGGGCGGCUGCUGCUGAUGCUGACAUCAUGUCUUCUGUACAAAUUAGCCUCUGCAGCUAUGCCGCCUCCGGUACCUCCCGCCCUUCCACCUGAUGUGGUGGCGCGCUACCCGUUGGCACGCGGCCGAUUCACGCAUCUCGCCACGGAUCCCAGCACGGGGCGUCUUUAUGCCGGCGCUACUAACCUACUGUUGCAAUUAUCGCCGGAUCUUCGUCCAGAACGUAGUGCAGUCACUGGACCUCUACAAGAUUCCCCACUAUGUCAUGCCGAAGGCUGCGAAGAUCCGACUCUGACAUCUCUACGCAAUAAUACCAACAAGUUGCUUGUGGUUGAUACGGGUUCACGCACUUUGAUCGCAUGUGGCAGUUUGCGACAGGGUGCUUGCAACAAACACCGCUUGGCCGACAUUUCGUCUAAGCCAGAAUUUAUACCGAUCAACAUUGCGGCGAAUGACGAAAGGGCCUCUACGUAUGCGUAUAUUGGACCGGAACGAUACACUCCUUGGGGAGGUUCAGAUGUUCUGUAUGUUGGAACCACGUUUACUAACAAUGGUGAAUAUCGUCAUGAUGUGCCUGCGAUCGCCAGUCGGAAUCUCUUCACACUGGACUUUGCAGAAUUGUCCUUUUCAAAACAAUCGCUUGUGCAAAUCGAUGUGAAAUACCGCGAUCAUUUCUUAGUGCAAUACGUGUAUGGUUUCAAUGCGAGCGAUCAUGCAUACUUUGUCAUCGUGCAGAAACAAUCGCAUCUGCCCGGCAAUGAAGAACUUGGUUAUGUUACUCGUUUAUCUCGGACUUGUGUCAGUGACGCAAAUUAUGAUAGUUACACGGAAGUUACGUUACAGUGUGCGGUCGGUGCGGUUGAUUAUAAUCUGGCACAAGAUGCCAAAGUGACUCCUGCGGGCCCUGAUCUGGCUGCCUCGCUGGGCAUCAAUACAGGGCAACAUGUUUUAGUCGCUGCGUUUCGGCCAUCGCGCGGUAUUACGGCGGAACCGCAGGAUAAAUCGGCGGUCUGUGUUUACAGCUUGAAGGAAAUCGAAGACAAAUUUAACGAAAAUAUACAUAUGUGUUUCAAUGGCAGCAUAAAAUACCGAAAUAUGGGUUACGUAUCAGGGCCCAUACUUGAUGGAAAAUGCCCAUCCGCCGGGAGCGGCAACGUGCAAAACUUUUGCGAAGUUGGUUUGAAGAUCAGUGGUAUAAGUCCUAUAAAGGACGAAGCUUACUUAGAUUUUCCCAAUGCUUCUAUUACUUCUGUAACGACGGCCAACACCGGUCGGCACACUAUGGCUUUUCUUGGUACAUCUGAUGGACAGCUGAAAAAGGUUUUAUUGUCAGGCAGCACGCCCGCCGAGUACGGCGAGAUUAUGGUUGAUCCGGGCAAUGCGCUGUUGCCAGACACGAUUUUAUCUCCUAAACAAGACUUCUUAUACGUUCUAUCCACGGACAAGAUAUCAAAGGUAAAAGUGGAGCACUGCAAUAACUUUUCGAAUUGUUCGGCAUGCUUGGAGUCCCGGGAUCCUUACUGCGGCUGGUGUUCGUUGGAGAAAAAAUGCACCGUUCGCAGCGCCUGUCAGAAAGCUGCUCAUAGCUCACCGCGUUGGCUCUCGUUAGGCACUGGACAGCAGUGCAUAGAUUUUGAACAAGUACUACCAGAUAGGAUACCUAUUAGCCAGAUGACCACGGUCAAGUUAACUAUUCGCACGCUUCCCGAAUUACCAGCUGGCGCAAAGUAUCGCUGCGUAUUUGGUUCUAGCGAUCCUAUCGACGCGGCUGUAACUCCCUUUGGCUUAACUUGUCAUACGCCCAGCGUUGCUAGUCGACCUAAUAUACCAUUUAAUAUGGACCAUGUAUUAGUCCCGUUGUCUGUGAGAUCUUCAGAAACAAACAAGGACUUUGUAUCUCGCAACUUUGCCUUCUAUGAUUGUUCGCGACACACCACCUGCACUGAGUGUGUAAAGAGCCACUGGGCAUGCAACUGGUGCGUCUACGAAAACAAAUGCACUUAUAAUACGUCCACGUGUAGGAAUUCAAAUAUAAUCAGCGGUGAUGGUUCAAGAUUUUGCCCCAGAUUUAUUAAAAUGUCAGAACCAAUAUUACUGCCUAAUAAUGUACCCAAAGAAAUAGUAUUAGAAGUCGAAAACCUGCCGCAUCCCCAAAUAGGACACAUGGGUUUUCAAUGUGUAGUGGAUAUAGAAGGAGCUAACAUGAUUCUUCCAGCUAAGGUAGAACAUAGCAAAAGGAUAAUAUGCGACAAGACACCGUAUUCAUAUGAGGCCAACACUGGUGAAUAUGAAGCAACUGUUAAAGUUGUCUGGAAUCGGAACCAUCAUAUUGAUACUAUUAAGGUGAUUAUAUAUAAAUGCGACAUUCAAGGUUCCUAUAGAGAACAUCCAGAUUGCUCUCUUUGUAAAACUCGAAACGCUAAAUAUAAUUGCACAUGGUGUUCAAAUACCUGUGCUUAUAGCGAAACUUGCCUUCAUACUCCUGCUUCUGAAUGCCCAAAACCAAGAAUUGAUAUGAUAAAACCACUGAGUGGUCCAAUUGAGGGAGGCACAUUAAUAACUAUAGAAGGCAGUAACUUAGGCUUGAAGGAAAUUGAUGUGAAAGGAAAAAUUCGUAUAGGAGAUGUUCAGUGCGAACUUGUCAAUUAUGAAAUAUCGGUAAAAAUUGAAUGCUUAACUGGAAUGUCUGAUGGUGAAUUAAUUGCUCCUGUAGUAGUUGGCAAUGAGGCAGGAUUUACUGAAUCCAGUGUUCAAUUUAGCUAUAAGGACAUACAACUUGAGGGACUUUACCCACCCUUUGGUCCUCAGUCAGGCGGAACACAAUUAGCUAUAACUGGACAAUAUUUAAAUAUUGGUUCUCGAAUAUUAGCGUAUCUAGAUGAUCUAGUUUGCCACGUGAAUGCGACUCAAGCGUCGAGCAGUCGUUUGACGUGCAUAACUUCGAAGUCGCCGAAUCCGCAUAUGAUUCGUAAACUGACUUUAUCCAUCGACGGAGCCAAUAGGACCUUAUAUGGAAAUCCUUAUAACUAUACUGUAGAUCCAACUAUAAUGGCAAUUAAGCCAUUGAAGAGUUUUAUUUCCGGCGGACGAAUGAUUACUGUGCAUGGUACAAAUUUGGACACUAUACAAAAACCUGAAAUGGAAGUUUAUUCAAAUGAACCUAAUCCCAUUAAUAAAACCAUAUGUACUGUUUUGAGUCCAAAUCAAAUGGAAUGCCCCAGCCCAGCUGUUAAUGAGAUGUUCUAUUCCUAUGGUACGAUAAGGAAAAGACGAUCACAUAAACAGGAGGCAAUGAAGGUAAAUAUUUGUUCAAAAAUAUACUGUAGGAUGCAUAUAUUUUCAAUAAUUGAUUUGGUGUUAUUUAUUCAGCUGCAAGAUGUACAGCUAAUAUACAGAAUAGGUUUUAUAAUGGAUAAUGUAGAUGCCGUAAAAGAUUUGAACAAACAUUUUCCAGAUUUAGAAAAGGAUUUAAUAUAUGUUGACGAUCCAAGAUUCUUUGAAUUCCCCAAUCAAAUAAAACUAUAUAAAGGCGAUACAUUAGUGAUAGAGGGCGAGAAUUUAAAUGUGGCAAGCGAUGAAUCUGAUGUAAAUGUGACUAUUGGUACUCAACCCUGUAAUGUUACAAGUUUAGCUAUGUCACAGUUAGUUUGCACUCCUCCAGAAUCACAGCCUGAUGACACGGAUGAAAAUGGGUAUCAGACUGAUUUUGGUUUGCCGUUGGUGGUCGUACGAGUGGGUAGAACCCUCCGUUUUCCGAUCGGUUACAUCCGUUAUGAAGUUAUCAAGCCAUACGCUUUUCCACCAGAAGCAGUUGCCGGCAUAGCGGCUGGUACGUUCUUACUGGUGAUUUUGUUCGUCGUUGUACUCGUAGUGUACAGACGAAAAAGUACACAGGCUGAGCGCGAGUACAAACGCAUACAGAUACAAAUGGAUACACUCGAAAGCAAUGUUCGAUCUGAAUGCAAACAAGCUUUCGCUGAGCUACAGACCGACAUGACGGACCUCACCGCCGAUUUGGAAACAUCAGGAAUCCCAACUUUGGACCAUAUGAACUACUUGAUGAAGGUAUUCUUUCCGGGAGUCUCUGAUCACCCUAUACUCAAUGUGCCAAAGGUACAUAUGAAUCUACCCAGAACAAAUUAUGAUACUGCAAUGAUACAGUUUGAGCAAUUGAUUAGUAAUAAAUGUUUUAUAUUAACAUUUAUUGAGACACUGGAGGCACAGAAGUCUUUUAACAUAAGGGAUAAGGUUAACGUUGCGUCAUUAUUGAUGGUUGUACUUAUGGGAAAAAUGGAAUAUGCUACAGAUAUUUUAAAAUGCCUUUUAUUAAGGCUCAUAGAUAAAUCUGUUGGGACUAAACAUCCUCAAUUAAUGUUGAGAAGAACAGAAAGUGUUGUAGAAAAAAUGCUUACAAACUGGAUGGCUUUGUGCAUGUAUAAUUAUCUCAAAGAGUAUGCUGGUUCUUCUUUAUUCUUGUUGUUUAAAGCAAUUAAACAUCAAAUUGAGAAAGGACUAGUAGACGCAGUGACACAUGACGCACGAUAUUCAUUGUCCGAAGAACGGUUGCUGAGGGAGCAGAUUGAAUACAGUGUUGUGACUCUGCAAAUUCAACAAGAUGACUUAGAUGAAAAAGUUCAAUGUAAAGUUCUGGAUUGUGAUACUAUUUCCCAAGUGAAAUCUAAGAUAUUAGAUGCUUUGUUCAAGAAUACUCCGUUUUCAAUGAGGCCAUCUAUAUAUGAGGUUGAUUUAGAAUGGAGGCAUGGUCGGGGUGGCCAUUUGACUUUGCAAGAUGAAGAUUUAACCACGAAAACAAUUGGCGGAUGGAGGAGGUUGAAUACACUUGCUCAUUAUGGUGUAAAAGAGUCGGCUGUGAUGUCGCUUAUUUCGAGACAGAACGAUAGUUUUUCUAAUUGUAAACAACCUUGCCAAAAUUUUUAUAAUCAGUUUUCUGGAGGAGGCAUGUACUUCAUGAAUUCACAAUCUCCAAUAAUUUUGGCAAACGGUGACAUUGAAACAGGUGGUAAUAUGCGUGUUUUUCACCUCAUAAGACCUGUGGAUGACCAUCAAAUUGGAUCUAACACAAAAACAACUGAAAGAACUCAUAAAGCCAUCCCAGAAAUCUUUUUAACCAGAUUACUAUCCACUAAGGGUACAAUUCAGAAGUUUGUUAAUGACUUUUUCAAUACAAUUCUAACUGUAAAUGAUGCUUUGCCUCCUGCUGUAAAAUGGUUAUUUGAUUUACUUGAUGAAGCUGCACGCAGACACUGUAUAAGUGACCCAGAAGUUGUUCAUGCAUGGAAAUCCAAUAGUCUUCCUCUACGAUUUUGGGUAAAUUUUAUUAAGAAUCCUGAUUUUAUAUUUGAUAUCAACAAGACUACAACAGUAGAUUCAUGUUUGUCAGUGAUAGCCCAAACAUUUAUGGAUGCUUGUUCAACAACUGAACAUCGACUUGGAAAAGAUUCUCCUUCCAACAAGUUGCUCUUUGCUAAGGACAUACCUCAGUAUAGAGAUAUGGUAUCGCACUUCUAUGCAUCAGUUUCCAGGCUUCCACAAAUAACUGAUCAGGAAAUGGGCACAGCAAUGCAGCAGCUUUCAGUACAGCAGUCAGAUGAAUUUGACACCAUUGCUGCCCUAAAAGAAUUGUAUAUUUAUGUAACUAAAUACAAAGAUCAAUUAUUUGAUAGUUUAGAGAAUGACCCGCACUGUAAGAAAAUGCAUUUAUCACACAAGUUGGACAAUGUCUUCUGUACAUUAGAAGGAGAAGAAACAUCUGCUUGCUGACAUCGUCAGUCACCUGAUUUGUUGCUCUCAAAUUAUAAUUACUAAUUUGUGAUAUUUUACAGAAAUUAUUUCAUAUUGCAAAUUACUUUUUUAAACAGGCAAAUAAAAUUAACCAUGAAAUAUUUACAUGAAAAUUAUGAAAUGCAUCGCAAUUGCUAAUCUACAAAAUGUACUUUAUUGUAAAAUAUUAUGUAAUUCUAUAUUUUUGAGUGCAAUCAGGUGACUGUUAUAAAGGGGGGGGAUCAGAACUGAAAGGUUUGGCUUAUUUUAAAAAUAUUUAAGUAUAUGUAAUUGUAAAUAAAAUAAAUAUAUACAUAGACAUUUUAUCUCAUAUAUUAAUCGGUCUAGAAGUUUAGAUGAAGUUGUAACUAUGUCUAUUUUUUAAAUGUAGAAAUGUUCAGACUAUGAUCUAGUCUUAAUAACGUUAGGUAAUCUAUGUUAUAUGAAAUAUAACAUGUUUUUAGUAUUAUGCAUCACAAGUGGUUCUCUGGUGCAGGUGUUUUUUAUUAAAGAUUUUUUAAUUGAGAUAUUAGAUGCGCUAUUAAGUUUUGUGCAAAUUUUAUAGUAUUUGUAUUGCCGUCACAUAUAAAACGUCAACUAGCAAGAGGGAUGUGUGGAGUAUUGAAAGAUUUUCACUAGUUACAUCUUCUUCCUUCUUUUAAAAAAUGGUCAAUACGUAACUAGUUAAAAAAAAAAAAAACUUUUAUAUCCUUGAUUAUGCAAUAAUGUACUUUAAUUUAAAAUUUAGGUAUAUAUUGAAAAAUUGU